AAAACCCUUAACCUUCCAGUAGUCGCGUACCUGUCUACGAGACCGGGUUUUGAGCUAUUUGAGCAAUUCGAGGGAGAUGGUGGGAGAACCGGCGCAUCUUUCGCAGUAGCUGUAGCGACGGAAGGAACGAAUCAACAGUAUAAGUUUGAUCGUUGUGGAGUUUGUGUAUCGGACUACAAAAAUUAAACCGGUGUCCCAGUCCGGCGCGACCACUCGCGUGACAAUUUUUACGGGUGAAGUAAGUAACUGAAAUCUUUAUUUUUUUGUUAUUUAUUUCAUUGUUUCACUUUUCUAGCCAUGGCCUCUUAUGAAAAAGAACAGGAACGUUUGCAACGGUUAUUGGAGGAAACAUUAUCAGAGGAUUUGGAAACUAAUGAUGCUGAAGUCCCAUUCGAUGAAUCUGACAUAGAUGAAUCCGAUCACGAGGAAGUCACUGAACAUAGUAGUGACUCCGAACAAGAUAUUGACAAUGCUGAUGAAAAUAAUGAUAACUACCAGAUGACAGGUCCAUCUUUUAUAGCUAAAGACAACACUUAUUGGAAAAAGCAUAAACCUCCAAGGACAGCAAUUAGAACACGACAAGAAAAUAUUAUAAAACGUCUACCUGGCCCCACACAAUCAACAAGGCUUUUAAAGCGACCCUCAGAAAUGUGGAACCACUUUUUCACUGAAGAAAUUCUUUCGGAAACUGUUAUGUGCAUUAACCUUUUUAUAGAAAAAAUAAAAACUAAAUAUACGAGGGAAAGAGAUGCAAAUGAAACUGAUGUCACUGAAAUUC